CUGGACACAACUUUUUAACUUUACAAGGAUUUACUUUUUUCUGGCUCCCUGCAGGACCGAACGUGUGCAGCCAUGAGGGGACAUUUCUCCAUCGAGUGGAUGGCUCAGAGCAGCCAGCAGCAGCCUGCAGGGACGGACCAGGUCUCAGCGUCAGGACCUGGACCCGCAGCCUGUGGGACUCACUCAGAGAGUCUGCCGGGUUUUUACUGCAGGCAGAAGACAGAAAAUCCAGCAGAGCAGCAAGAGACCAGGAGCCAGGACCCCGAUGGACUCGGCUCUCUGCAGCACCAAACCUCCCACAGUAUUCAGGGGACUGAGGCCGGUUUCAGCAGCGGGACGGAGGAGGAGACCUCCGGCUACGAGAGCGAAGGAGGGCGCUCCCUCUCCCCCUCGACCCCCGCCGACUGCACCUCCACCUCCCCGGCGUCCCCUCUGACGGGGAGGAGGCCUCGCACGGCCUUCACGGCGGAGCAGAUCAGCAGCCUGGAGAAAGCCUUCAAGAGGAACGCUUACCUGGGGACGCAAGACAAAGCCGAGCUCUGCAAGAAGCUCAACCUGUCCGACAAACAG